UCCUUUUGAGACUAGUUUUGGCGGUCCAUGAGCUUCCUGGCUCGUUUGGACCAAUCUACGAGCAUGAACUUGUAACAUCAAUCAUAACAUCAAUCGUAAGCUGAACGUAGUCACACAACUGAUAUACAAAUAUAGCCACAUUCAUGCCAUCUGUUGCUCUGUCGCCGCGCUCACUCGGCACGCUCGCGCUCCUACUCGCGCUCCUCGGCUGCUCUCUUGCCUGGUUCUUUUCCCUGUCCGUGCCUAACACUGGACCCACCCAGCCGCUCAGCUAGCCAGUCGCUCCACAGCUUUUGGGCGUUUGGCCGCAGUCUCAUAGACGCACCGAAGCUUACAUCGCAGUCAGCCAUGUCCUCCCGCAUUGCGCUCAGCCGCGCGCUAGGCCGGUCCUCCAGUGUGCCCACCGGACCCGCACGCCCUAUCCGCCAUCCACGCCUGACCCACGAUUUCGCCUGCAUGGCCUGCGCUCAGCCGGUUGUCGCCAGCAGUGGCGCUGCCGCCCGCUUUGUCUCGGGCCCGUCGCGGCGCGUGUCUCGCAGCCAGCUGCUGGGGGCCGCGGGACACAUGCUGGGGCUGGGGGCCGCAGUGCAGCUGCCCGCAGCUACGCUAGCGCCACGCAGCUCGGCGGCCUUCGCAGGAGCAAGCGGAAGUGGCAGCGCUCUCUUGCGCACAGCAGUAGCUGCGAUGUCAACGGCGGCGGCGGGCGCGGGCGCUACCGGCGCCUCACCGACUGGGGCAAUCGUGGUAUACGUAACAGUGCCCAACGCAGAGGUGGGCGAGGCGCUGGCGGGCAAGCUGGUGGAGGCCAAGCUGGCGGCGUGCGUCAACAUCCUUCCGGGCGUCACCUCAAUCUACUUCUGGGACGGCAAGGUGAACAACGACGCGGAGCUGCUCCUGAUCAUCAAGAGCCGCGAGGACCUGCUGCCGGAGCUGACGGCGUUUGUCAAGGCCAACCACCCGUACGACGAGCCGGAGGUGAUUGGGCUGCCCAUCCUGGGCGGCUCGCCCUCCUACCUUCAAUGGCUGAUGGACAGCACCAACAAGGGGGCGCCUGCGCAGCAGGCGCAGCAGGCGCAGCAGGCGCAGUAGGCGGGGGCUGGAGCGCUAAACAACGCCAACAGGGCGGCGCAGCUUGCGGGCGCAGUAGGCGGGGACUGGAGCGCCCGCCAGGGCUUGGAAGAAGAGCCGGCACGGGACAUUCACAAUAAUCAUAGGGGAGAAAGAUUGCUGCUGGAAUCCCCACGGAUAUGAUGGACAAGUACCUGGAACCGCGAUUGGUGGAGAGGAGGUAGAACAGGCGCCCCUUGCGGGUAGAAAGCGUUGCAAAGGCGUGAGCGGCGGCCGCGACGGCUGCAACGACGCCAGCCGUUGCCGCUGUGGUGUCGCUGGUGUUUUGGCGGCCUUGUUUUUGUUUCCAUGGCCUUGGAAGUGCGGAGAGACGCGGGCGGGAGAUGGCCUGUCUGUGCGGCUGGGUGGUGGCGCCAGCGGCCGCCGGAACGCCCGCGCGCUGCCAUUGUUGUGUCCAAGGGAAAUGACACGCGCUGUGUCACUGCAGACUUGGCGUGCACGAGUAUGGCGUGUUGAACUUGCCGCGUUGCCGCAGAUCCUGGCUGGGUACUUGCGUUGGUGUGUUACGCUGCUAUGCACUGGCCUCCGACUAGGUACUGGCGCAGUUGGGCUGAGUUACGAGCGAGUUAGGUUGCAUGCCCCAACGGAUGGCGGUCGGGUGCUGGCUGGCAGGUGUGUGUCAGGGGUGUGUCCGAUUGUCCGAAGCUGCAGAUGCUGCUGCACUUGACGAGCGACUUUGCAA